AUGUAUGCACACAUUCCUAAAGAAAAGCGAAAGAAGUGGGAUAGCAAAGGAGAAAAAGGAGUAAUGGUUGGUUAUGGCGAAACUGUUAAAGGAUAUAGAAUAUACUUCUCACAUAGGAAUGAUGUAGAACUCAAACGAGAUGUAGUUUUCUUAGAAAAAGAGCAAAACUAUAGUGAAAUCGAGGUAAAAUUUAACUAUACGGAAGAAAAUAAUGACAAAAGUAAUGAGUUGCAUAAUUAA